GGCACCGGAAGCGGUACGGCGGAGUGACCGGAAGCGGCGCCGGUCGGUGGCGGAGGUGCCAUGGAGGCCGCGCUGACCGAUCUGUACGACCCGGCGCUGCUGGGCAUCCUGCAGCACGUGGGGAACGUGGAGCAGUUCCUGCGCGUCCUCUUCGGUUUCCUGUACCGCAAAACCGACUUCUACCGCCUGCUGCUGCGCCCCGGGGACCGCCUCGGCUUCCCGCCCGGCGCCGCGCGCGCCAUGGCCCUGCAGGCGUUCCAAGUCUUUGAGCAAAUGGCCCGGCAGGAUGAUGAGAAGAGGCGCCAAGAGCUGGAGGCGAAGCUGAGGAAGAAGGAGGAAGAGGAGGAGGCUGCUGCAGCUGCCGAGAGGAUGCAUCUGUCCUCUGCAGUUCAGGAAGUUGAGGUAGAGACAACAGCGGAAUAUGACACAGCACCGGCUGCCGAGGGAGCUGCAGGGCCACCGGAGUCGGCUGGAGCACAGGACACAGGCCCCAGUCCCGCACUGGCAGAGCCCUCCGCAGCCACGGCUUCAGCAGAGCCUCCACCAGCAGCACGGCCGGCGAAACAGGAGCAGUUCCAGACAGACCCGGACAGCUACAACGGAGCUGUGCGAGAGAAUUAUGCCUGGUCCCAAGACUACAGUGACCUGGAGAUUAAAGUGCCUGUGCCUAAGCACAUCGUAAAAGGCAAACAGGUGUCUGUGGAUAUCAGCAGCAGCACGAUUCGCGUAGCAGUGCUGGAGGGGAGCAGCCAGCACGUCCUCAUGGAAGGGAAACUCACCCAUAAGAUCAACACGGAGAGUUGCCUCUGGAGCCUGGAGCCCGGAAAGUGCAUCUUGGUAAGGACAGCCUGCACCAGCUGUGUCUCCAUGCUUUGGCUUCCAGCUCCGCCAGGCUCAACCUGGAAAACUGGAGCAGCUGGAAGUUUGAGCCAGAUCAACCUGAACAAAGGGGAUGAGUACUGGUGGAAUGCCAUCCUGGAGGGCGAGGAGCAGAUCGACAUCGACAAGAUCAACAAGGAGCGCUCCAUGGCCACAGUGGAUGAGGAGGAGCACGCCGUGCUCGACCGCCUCACCUUCGAUUACCACCAGAAGCUGCAGGGCAAGCCCCAGAGCCACGAGCUGAAGGUGCACGAGAUGCUGAAGAAGGGCUGGGACACUGAGGGCUCCCCUUUCCGCGGCCAGAAGUUUGACCCCUCCAUGUUCAACAUCUCCCCCGGUGCCGUGCAGUUUUGAUGGAGAUGACCCAGUUGAGAAACAAAACGGGAAGAGGAGAAACCCCACCAGCUUCUUGACCCUGGCAUCCAAUGCCCACUCGGUGUUGCCAGCGCCCAAAUUCCUCUGCCUUCGCCGUUGGAUGGAAACCUGGGAAUGCAGAUUUCCGUCCCGUCACCAAGGCAACCCGAGCGGCUGGGACCCUUCUCCUCUCCUCGCUUCGCACUGGCUCUGUUGUUUUGCAGGAAUAGACAAAGCUCGUUGGGUGACAGAGUUGUUAUUUCUGGUGGCUGAGGAUGAUGCUUUUUUGGGGUUUCUGGCAGUGCUGAUCCCUCCCUGACCCAGCAUUGGGCACCUUUGCCCCUCGCAGAUGGAACCAUGCUCUCCGCACCUCUGGGAAUGGCGGGGAUCCCUCCCUUGCUCACCCGGCAUCCCUCAAAUCCACGUGCCGGGCCCUGCUCCAGGGGCUCUGUGCUCCCCCUGCCCAGCCAAAGGGCCCUAUCCAGCGCUGGGAUGAACUGGGAGUGCACUGAGAUGGCACUGAGAGGGUGCUGGAAUGCACUGGAAUGGAGCUUGGAUGGCACCAGCAUGCAUUGGGGUGCACUGGGAUGGACUUGGAGGGUGCUGGAAUGCACUGGGAUGGCACUGGGAUGGCACCAGGAUGUAUUGGGGUGCACUGGGAUGGAACUGGGAUAGACUGGGACACAUGUAGCACUGAGAUGGCACCAGGAUGCACUGGGUGCACUGGAAUGGCCUGAGCUGACACUGGGAUGCACUGGGACACCCAGCACCAGAGCUGCCCCCGAGGAUUUGCUCCCCUCUUCCUCGGGGUGGCUGAGGGUGUGGCUACCAUUCCAGCCUCGUGGCCACCAGUCACCCCACCCCAUCCCAGUAUUCCCAGUAUCCCCAGGUCCCUCCAUCACCCUGACCCCCCCACCCCUUUGCAAUAAAUACGAUUGG